UGGACUGAAGAGAGAUAUACCUACAUCACUAACUACUUCGGGACCUACACGUGCCACGGAGCAAUAUAGUGCGUGCCAAAAUUAGUUGUCAGCGAUAAAAAUUCCCUGGGACAGAGGCGAAGUUACUCGAACUCGGCAGCGCAAAAAAAAUAAAAGAUUAUUGACAGCGUGGGAGCUAAUAUCGGAACGCACUCAUAAUUCAGUCAAAGCUGUAGGGGCUAGCGAUAUGCAUCGUUCUUCUACAUGAGUGCGUGCGUGUCAAAACUCACAGUCAAACUCUUACAUCAUGAUCAAACUGUGAAGUGUGUCGCAGCGCGUAACACUUCGUAUUCAUUCCUAUUGUGUAUUGAAGUUGUCACUUGGAAAUAUGAAUAAGUAGAUAAGAAUACAUGAAAGUAGAAAUAUCGUAUAAAAGCUAUCGAGUAGCAAUCUAUCGCUGCAUACCGCGAAACGACGUUGAAAGAAUCGAAAGAAACUAACGUUGUUCGUUUCUAUAACCUGCGACGAACUUUUAACAUCUGUCAAACAAACAUACCGAGAGAAUAUCGGGAGUAAAUUUUACACACAAUGUUUGCCAGGAGUAGAGAAGUUCGACACAUAGCGAGGGGAACACUUUUCGGAAGCUUGCGACGUUAUACCAAAAUGCAGACAGUUACUCUGCAAGAAGCUGCACUCGAAGAACGAUGCAUUCUAGUAGAUAACCAAGAUCGUCCUCUUGGAGAAGCUUCCAAGAGAGAUUGCCAUCGCGUUGGUCAAGACGGUAACAUUCCUCUUCACAGAGCCUUCAGCGUAUUUCUUUUCAAUCAAAAAGGAGAUUUGUUACUCCAAAAACGAUCGGCAAACAAGGUCACUUUUCCAGCACAUUAUACGAACACAUGCUGCAGUCAUCCCUUGGCAGAGAUACCUGAAGAAAUGGAGGAAAGGAAUGUAAUGGGUAUUCGAAAGGCUGCUCAACGCCGGCUUUCUUACGAAUUGGGAAUUCCUGUUAAUCAGGUUGAGCCAAACGACUUCACAUACCUCACCAGGAUUCAUUAUCACGAUAUUGGGGAUGGACACUGGGGCGAGCAUGAGAUAGAUUACAUAUUAUUUCUUCAAAAGGAGAACAUAACUCUUGAUCCUAAUGCCGACGAGGUCAGUGAAGUUCGUUGGAUCUCCAGGGGACAGAUGCCAGAAUUCUUGAAACUCAUAGACUGUCCUCUCACUCCAUGGUUCCGACUCAUUCUUACUCAUAAAUUACCCCUGUGGUGGGACAAUCUCCAAGCUCUUGAAAAGCUACAGGAUCAUACUUGCAUACAGCGUUUUCAAUAAUAUACUUCUGAAACAUUUCUGAAUCUUUCACGAAGUUGAGCAAGUUUUGUAUAAACCUUUGUAACCGUAUAUAAUUCGCAGCACACAUUAUUAAAUUAUCUAACAUACGUUGAGUUAAAUACUCAGUAAGUCCCUAUUCUUUAUGUUAUGUGUAAUUAAUAAUUCUACUUAACAAUAAGUAUAACAUCACAGUUUUCUAAUUGAAAAACAAGAGGCAAUAUACCAAUUCUGUCCUAGACUGAUGUACAAAUUGUAUUUUUAUAUGUAACAUAAAUAAUCUGACUCUGUAUAAUAAAAAAUGUCUCUAUAUUUAA